UCAAACGUCGCCGGUGAAUACAUGUGAUAAGAACAUCUUUGGUACAGAGUGUUUUGUAAAUACAGCUAUGUUGGCAAAAUAUUGCUUGUAAAGAACGCGUGGCGCUUGUGUACAGCACCAGCUGGCAAGAUUAUUUAUCCAGAAUGAACGAAACACUAAUGUUAAUCUUACUUGCGCUGCUGAUGUUAGUUGGUAGUUACAUCGCGGGGUCAAUACCAUUAAUAAUGCCGAUGUCGGAAGAAAAACUGCAGAUUGUUUCCGUACUCGGCGCAGGUUUGCUUGUUGGAACUGCGUUAGCUGUCAUCAUUCCGGAAGGAGUAAGAUCUCUCGACUCUGCGGCCACAAUUCACACCGCUCAAACCAGCAAAGAUAGUUCAGGUAUACACGUCGAACAUGCAGUAAAUCCUACCGAUAUUCACUCACUAAUUGCGGUUUCACUUGUUCUGGGAUUCGUGUUCAUGCUGUUAGUGGAUCAGUGCUCUUCAUCCAGGAGUAGAGAUCUUGAGAGUGGACUAAAAUCUGCAGAGAAAAACAUCACAGCAACGCUAGGACUCGUUGUACAUGCAGCAGCUGAUGGUAUUGCACUUGGUGCUGCUGCAACAACUGCACAUGCUGAUGUUGAAAUGAUAGUAUUUUUGGCAAUAAUGUUACACAAGGCACCAGCAGCAUUUGGUCUCGUUACUUUCCUUAUGCAUGAAGGAUUGGAAAGGAAUAGAAUUCGGAAGCAUCUCAUUGUUUUCUCUUUGUCAGCACCAGUCCUAGCAAUGGUUACUUAUUUUGGAAUUGGCCAGGAAGGGAAAGAAACACUGUCAUCUGUAAAUGCGACGGGUUUGGCAAUGUUGUUCAGUGCAGGCACUUUCCUCUAUGUGGCAACAGUUCAUGUCCUGCCUGAAUUGAUGGUGAGGAGUAGAGCGGCUGAGGGAGGUGUAGUGGAACAACAUAAAGGUCUCAGGACAAUGGAACUGUUGGCACUGGUGGUCGGAGCUCUCCUGCCACUCUUUCUCACUCUCAGUCAUCAUCAUUAAUUACUCUGGAUAAAUUUCUACAAGUCCUUUCAGAUGGCCUGCCAGCAGCAGGAGAAGAACAGAGUGUGUGAUUUACCACUCUAUGUUGUUAGGCACUGCCUUGGUAGCUGGUGCCGAAGUGAACGUUUUCAUUGCCACGUUAAAAUAAUUAUACCACGUAAUGACAGUUGCUGUUGUGCCUGUGGUGGGGCACGACUUGAACUUUGUAUGUACCUGCAUAAGUGUGAAUUUGGACUGUAUGCCAUACAGUUGCAAAGUGGGUACGGGGCCUAAGCAAGAAGAUGAUGAAUUGAAAUGAAUGUUUGCAAAAUAAUUAAUUUUAUUUCUGGUUAUUCCCUUUUCUUGUGUACAGCAAAGCACAGUUAAUAAGCAAAAAAGUCUUUUUAAUUAUGCGCCUCCAACUAAAGAGAUAACACUGUUGUAGACUAAAAGCUACAUGUUAUUGAGCCACCAGAUGAAGUUUUGUGUUCAUAAUGAUCUCUUUGUUACUCAAAAUGUUAUUUAAAGAUUGAGACAAAACUGGUGUUUAAGUUCAUGGGUAUUUUGUUAGUUUGAUUUAUAGUCGGGAAUGUCGUUAGAAAAUUUCAGGUUCUGGAAAAAUGUAAUUAAACAUAGUGCAAACAGUGAUUCCAGCUGAUUAGUCUGAAGUAAAAAAAAAUCGUACUGUUUCAUAUUUUAUGAUUUUUGCUAAAUCCAGUUAGUUGUCAGUGACUCUCUUUCAGUUUUUUUUUUCCCCCUGGAAUUUUGUCACCAUUGAUGUACAUUUUUAUGUGGGGAAUGCCUUCAUUGUUGCAUGUGCAAUUACACCUGUAUCAGUGGAAGACUGGCAACAGUCUUGGCACAUUGCUUAGUCUUAGUGUGCGAAACAUUCCUGUUAAAGCUUUUGGUUGCUUUACACUCUAUUGUUCCUGGGUGAUGUAUCUUGUUUCAUUUCUACAAUCAGCCAAUGUGUAUAUUUUAUGGACAUUCUCACCUUUGAGAUGAAGUUCUCAUGUGUGUGUGUUCUAUACUAUACACAGUUAAAUGUAUUCUUUGUGCUUGGCCACUUUAUCUUAAAGGUGAACAGUGUUCUGCUUUUUUGGUAUUUUUUUUUUUUAGCCCUUGUCUCCCAUUACUGUGAUAAUUAUGUAAUUUUGUGAUUUAUUUGAUGUAUUUACAAUUUUAGUUUUCAUAUUAUUGUGGUUACUAUAUUUUUGAAAAUCUCCAAUAUCUUUUUUCCAAUUUGUCAUACUUGGCACAACCACCAUCUGCCUUCCAAUGUUAUGUUAUAAUGAGCAGCUAGUGUACGUAGUAUUGUGAAAAUACUGUGUCUGUACGUGGCGGUAAGAUAAAUUCUUACUGCAUUUGUUUCUCUCAAAAAAUGAUUUUUAAUUUGUUUUCUCUUAAUGGAAAACUGAUUAGCUUUGGAUACAUUCUGUCUUUCUCAAGGCCAAAUACAUAUGACUAAAUUGAAACACAUCAGCAGUCAUGAAGUUCUGUUUAUGUUGUAAUUUUUUUAUCCCAGGUAUGCAGUAUUGUAAGACAAAAUAUCGUAAAUUUCUUUAGGUUAUUUAAUGAUGAACAAACAACAUAGUUUUUUAUUUUGUAAUGAAAUCAGUUUGUGAAGUAGUAUCUUCGUGUGUUUUGCAAGGACAUUAGGUUUAUUACAAUAAUCUACAUGUCUUUAAUUUGAGUAAGAGGUGGCACAUCCCGUGCGACCCUGGCACUAUCAGUGCAAAUACUGUUCAACAUUGGUUGUCAUUUUGUGGAAAGUAUUGAGUGCACAUGCAGUGUGACAUGCGCACAAAUCAGCACAACUAUCCUUAAAACGUACCACAGUGUAUAUGAAUGGUUGUCGGUUUGUAAGACACAGGGUGAGCAGUAGUGAACUGUCCUGUAUUUUUUUCAUUUCAACGGUGUGUGUGUGUAAAAUAUGUCAUUGUGUUAUUGUAUAUUUUGAGUUUUAAGCAGAAUGAUACAAAACUCUGCAAUCACUAUUAUGAAAGGGGGCUAUACUGAUGUAUAUAAGGGUGCCAGCUCUGAACUUUGCUUAUAUAGUGUUUUUGUGUCAGUCCUUUGUCACAGUUGUGUACUGAAAAAAAUGUGUGCUAGAGCUAUUUUAAAUGGUUUUUAAAUACAUCUGUGUUCCAUUGUGAGUAUUUGACAGGUUA